CACUGUACUACAGCAAAGAGGCGGAACACCGUUGGAUUCUAACCGUUAGGAGCCCGACAGUAUCUAGUCUUAAAGAAUGAUGAAUCUUUGUUUUUUAAAAGAAGUGUAAAUUUAGGUUAAUUUCUUAACCGUCUCGUUUUUUAAUCACAAUACUAUUUGGUCACGAGAAUCAUGGCCAACAAAAUUUUUAUUAUUUAGUUAGUUUAGUAGGUAUUAGAUGUAGUUAAGUAAUUGAUAUUUUUUUUUAAUUUUUAAAUAAUUUAUUUUGUUAUUAUCUUUGAUAACAUUUUAUUUAUUUGUGUUUUUUUAAAUUUCUUGUGAGUUUAUAAUGAGGGAAAUAGUUCAUAUUCAAGUUGGCAGAUGUGGGAAUCAGAUUGGGGCUAAGUUCUGGGAAGUUAUAUCAGACGAGCACGGAAUAAAUCCACAAGGCUGUUACCAAGGAGAUUCUGACCUUCAACUCGAACGCAUCAACGUUUAUUACAAUGAGGGAUCUGGUACAAAAUACGUCCCUAGAGCUGUUCUAGUUGACCUCGAGCCUGGCACCAUGGAUGCGAUUAGAGCCGGACCAUUCGGGCAAAUCUUCCGGCCCGAUAAUAUAGUUUUUGGUGGUACGGGCGCAGGCAAUAAUUGGGCUAAAGGACAUUACACAGAAGGUGCAGGUUUGCUUGAAGUGGUCCUCGACGUAGUGCGUAAAGAAGCUGAAGGUUGCGAUUGUUUGCAGGGAUUCCAAGUAGUGCACUCACUAGGCGGUGGCACAGGUUCAGGAAUGGGGACGUUGCUGCUGGAUAAUUUAAGCGAGGAAUAUCCAGACAGAAUAAUGGUAACAUACUCCGUGGUUCCGAGUCCUAAAGUUUCUGAUACUGUCGUGGAACCAUAUAAUGCGACUUUGUCUCUGAACCAGUUGAUAGAAAGCUCGAAUCAGUCGUACUGCAUAGACAACGAGGCAUUAUACGAUAUUUGCUUCAGGACACUCAAAUUAAUGACGCCGACCUACGGAGACUUGAAUCAUUUGGUGUCUGCGACAAUGUCGGGCGUGACCACAUGUCUGCGUUUUCCAGGACAAUUAAACGCUGAUCUGCGUAAGUUAGCAGUGAAUAUGGUCCCGUUUCCGCGGCUACAUUUCUUCAUGCCAGGCUUCGCGCCGCUUACGUCUCGCGGCAAUCAAAAAUACCGCGCGCUAUCCGUGCCAGAGCUCACGCAGCAGAUGUUCGAUGCUAAAAACAUGAUGGCGGCCUGUGACCCGCGCCAUGGACGGUACCUCACCGUGGCCGCUGUCUUCCGUGGACGGAUGUCCAUGAAAGAAGUAGACGAGCAAAUGCUGAACAUUCAAAAGAAAAACAAGGAUUUCUUCGUUGAAUGGAUUCCACACAAUGUAAAGACAGCGGUAUGUGAUAUCCCGCCCCGUGGUCUUAAAAUGUCUGCUACUUUUAUCGGCAAUACGACAGCGAUACAAGAGAUAUUUAAAAGGAUCUCUGAGCAGUUUACAUCUAUGUUCAGAAGGAAAGCGUUCAUUCACUGGUACACUGGAGAGGGGAUGGAUGAAGCAGACUUUACUGAGGCGGAUAAUAACUUGAGCGAUCUUAUAUCUGAGUACCAGCAAUAUCAGGAUGCCACCAUUGAUGACCAGGAAUUUGAAGAAGAGGAAGAAGGGCCAAAUGAUGAGAGUGACGAAUGAGAGGUUUUAUGUAUUCAAUGAAAAUAUUAUUUAUGUAUUUAAUAAAACAGUAUUCGAA